CACUGUACCCCGCAAAGUUUUAUCCCACCGACGGAGUUGGGAUCGUCUUCAUUACAGUCGGCGGAGGACAGAAAAUAAACAAAAUCGUCGGCAACAGCUUGUUUAACUGCUUAACCAGAGACUUUUACAAUUGAUAGUUGGAGUCUUUGAAACCAUUAAUCUCAAUGUCAGCUCUCCCUGAGGAGCUAUGGAGGCGAAUUUUAGAAAUCGGUGUUCAAAGACGCGGCUUUAGCUACAAAGACCUCUGCUGUCUAUCAAUCUCCUCCAGGCGCCUCAACCGAUUAUCUGAUGAAGAUUUUCUCUGGUCCCACCUCCUCUCCUCUGAUUUCCCGCCUUUCUUUUCCCCUUCUUCUUCCUCAAUUACCUCCGCGCAUUCAUCAACCUGUAAAUCCCUAUACAAACUCAGGUAUGAAAGGGAUAGGGAUAAGAAAAUAGCGGCACAUCGGAGAGCGGUGUUGAGGAAGGAGAGUCAGGUUCUAGAACGUUCUAUGAGGCUCCGAGACAUGGAGACCCGAUUGGCUGAAGAGACUAACAAAAUGCGAGCAACUCUUGCUGAGCUCUCAAAUUUGAGCAAUGUCAGGCAAGCUUCAGUAGCAUUGAAUGUAUGGCAGCCAGAGAUCAUCCGGGGUAGACAAAAACAAAUAGUAGAGCAAUGUGUUGUACCUAUUGAGUCUCGGUUCCAUGUACUUCAAAUGGAGCUCAAGCUCUGCAAGCAGCAGAUUUUAGGGUUAGAAAAGGCCCAUAUAGAUGAGAAACGAAGGCUUGCUUUGGUGGAAGAAGAGUUGCAAUCAAUGAGAUAUCACCCUUUAAGAGACCAAAAGCCAAUUAAUGGCGGGGAGGUUGAAUUUAACAUCAAGAGAAAAAAGUUGAAAAAAUGUAAAGUUCAUUGUCCAGGGAGAGAACCUUAGAUGGGAGAUUUCCUUAAUCAACUGACUGAAUAGCAUGCUUUUUGCGUCAGUGAUGCCAUCCAUUUCUGCUACUGCGUUGCAGCAGGAGAAUUCAUAUUGUAUAACUAAUUGAUGAGGAUUUCUUGGGAAGAAAACAUAUGUGAAUAUUACCAUUCAGCUCAAAAGAGGGGGAAAGUUGGAAACCAAGGAAUGCCAAACUUCGAGAGAAAAGUAAAUGCUGAAAUAUGCAAUUGAAGUGAGUUGAAUUCUCUGCGAUGGCGUGAACCUCCUUCAACAGUUCCUUGUUUCAAUAUAGUUAUAUCUAGGCAUGGCACGGUCCGGUUCUGCUAGGUUCUCAGCCAAAACCGGAAUCAAAACUGAUACUGUUUAUCUGGUCCGGUCUGGUUUGGGUUUUAACUAAAAUGCCAAAGAAAAUUGGACCAACCUAGAUCGGUUUAGGUCCGGUUCUAUGCCGGUUUUCACAAUUUGGAUCGGCUCUUUAGCCUGAUUGAUAUUUUUACAAAAAGCAGUGGAGCAAAUUGACGAAUCUGUACAAGAAAAACCAAAUCUGAACCUUCUCAGUCAAAAGAUAAUAAAAAUAAAUAAAUUAAAAAAUAUCUAGCAAACUAUUCUUUGAAACUAGAAACAAAUAUUGACAUUCCAAGAUUUAUAAUAAAAAUGAGAAUCUAAAAAACACUAAAAGACCAGAACAGAUCUAAUCGAUGCAUAAAAGGAGAGUAAGAAGCAGAAA